GAAAUGCGACGAAAUUAGAGUAAAUUUGCGAGGAGAACCGCUUGUGCUUCAAUAGUUUGAAUGAAUGAAGCCGUUCCCAUUAAGAGUAGUUGUUUUCUGGACCAUGUCUGACUAGACCGUUUAACGCCUGAAAAAUGUCGUGGAUAAAGGAAGGUGAAUUAAACCUGCUUGAAAAGAUUUCAGCCAACGUCCUAAAGGCUGGACCCAUGCCUAAACACGUGGCCUUCAUCAUGGAUGGUAACCGUCGCUUUGCACGAAAGAAAAACAUGGAGCGCCAGGAGGGGCAUAUGCAGGGCUUCAACAAGCUGGCAGAGACACUACGCUGGUGUAAGCAUCUCAACAUCAAAGAGGUGACAGUGUACGCCUUCAGCAUCGAGAACUUCAAACGCACUAAAGAUGAGGUGGAUGGGCUGAUGGAGCUGGCCAGGCAGAAAUUUGAAAGGCUGUUGAAGGAACGGGACAAUCUGGAGAAGCAUGGUGUGUGUAUCCGGGUGCUGGGCGACUUAAAUAUGCUGCCACUCGACCUUCAGCAGCUGAUUGCCAAAGCUGUGAUCACAACAAGGGCUCACAAUAAAUGUUUCUUGAAUGUGUGUUUUGCCUACACGUCGAGAUAUGAAAUCACAAAUGCAGUCAGAGAAAUGGCUUGGGGAGUGGAGCAGGGCUUGAUCAAAGCAAGCGACGUUUCAGAGGCGUUGCUAAGUGAGUGCCUGUACAGCUAUAAUUCUCCAAAUCCCGAUCUGCUCAUCCGCACCUCUGGAGAGGUGCGCCUCAGCGACUUCCUUCUUUGGCAGACCUCCCACUCCUGUCUAGUGUUUCAGUCAGUUCUAUGGCCGGAGUACUCAUUCUGGAACCUGUGUGAAGCCAUUCUCCAGUAUCAAUUAAAUCACAAAUCCAUUCAGAAAGCCAGAGACCUCCAUCGAGAGCAUCAGGCCUUACUGCAGCUAGAGGCAGAUCGUGCCUGCAUAGCAGAACACCUGCAGCAUCAUGGGAAUGGAAAACCUGCCGACGUCCAAAGGAGGCAAGAGGCACUGCUGCACUACACCGCCUGCCGGGAAGAUCGCGUUCAGGAUUUCCUGGAGGCCCUGAAACACAAGAGAGACUCUUUCUUUAAUGACUUAUGCAGUGAAGCGGUCUUGGGCUAGGAAGACUCCGAAGAGGAAAGCGGUUUGGUAAAAUUGGGGAUGAAACCUCUCCCAUCCUCUUCCCAAAAGGGCUUCUGUGGAAAAGAGAAGCAUGAACAGAAACUGGGACUGGUUUCUUUUUGUUGCUGAUUUACGAGAGGGCAAUUUUACCCCUAUGGGGCUGUAGAAUAAUUGUGAUAUUUAUGAUUGUAGAUUUAAAAAAAAAAAAAAAGUCUAACGUGGAAACGUCUGGUCAAGAUGUAGUUAAAUAAUUGUGUGAAUUAUCUGUCAAGUGCAUGCCAUUGAUGGAAGAUCCAAUUCUACAAGUGAAACCCAGGGAUCCUGUUUUUUGGAAAUGCUUCCAAUGCAGUCCCCUGGAUUAAUAGAAAAUCAGUACAGAUUUGAAUUUUUGUUGAGGCCCAAAGAAACUGCUGCCUCUUGCGUGUGAUGUUGAUGAACUUGUAACUAGAUUUUGACCAGCUUUCUUAAUAGAAUAAAGUGAUUGCUGUAUGUCAGAUAUGAUUAAAUGAUGUACAAAUCA